AUGGCUUUGCUAAGUAAAUUUCUAGUUGACACACUUGGAUUAAGCAUUCACAAAGCCACUUGUUAUGAAGUGGUGCAUACAUGGAAUCCAAAUUGUUAUGGGGCGAUUGCUGAUACAUGGUGCGAUGGGUGGAUAUUCGCUCUUAAAACGUAUCUUGUCCUUUAUGGUUUCUCUAGCAUUUUUUUGGUGAAGAAUGUACGGAAAAUUCGUUGGUGUCAAAUUUUAUUUGAUUCAUUUCGGUCUUCAUGUUUCUUAAUGACGAACUUAAUUGUGUUCCUGUGGCUGAUGUGUCAAUUAAGAAAGAUGCUGGGAUUUUUCACUAUUCCUACUCUUGGUUUUAUGAAUGGCGUUAUUUCUUCGUUGUUAGCUAUAUGGAUUGAAAAUCACAGGCGUAGAUCAUUGCUGGCUUUACAUUUAACGAACCUGGCAUCAGAAACAGCUUAUCACCAAUUAGUUAAUCAUGGUUAUCUUAAGUACGUACCAAAUGGAAGCAUUAUCAUAUUUGGGAUCGGUCUCUCAGGAUUGCUAUACUUUUAUCAUAAAGAUAUGCUUUACAACAAUUUAAGUAAAGCUGUAGAAUACACUUUGCUGACGAAUGGAAGCGAAGAAUUAUUCUCUCAACAAGUCAUACAAAGAAUUUACUCUCCAGUUGGCACCGCGUUGCUAGUAUUACGGCACAAGUUUCGAAAGCAUCGAUUAUGUAGGCAUCAAUAUUCAUGCAUUAGUCGUAUUGUUGAAGUAUUUCUGAAGAAUUUUUCUCGAGCGUUGGUUUGCAGUGUUUGUUUGGUUAUUUUCAAUGGGGUAAAACAAAUUCUUGGUAAGCCGUCUAUGUUGUUCGAACAUAUUUUCAGAUUUAAUACGCUACGUCUACCUUUAUUUUAUGGAUUUUUGGGGCUUUUGUUUCAAACUUCGAGAUGUGGAUACAGUUGGUUCACAAAUCAAGCUGCGCCGCUGCCUCUAUGUGGUGCACUUAGCAGUUUGGCGUUUUUCUUAUAUCCUAACAUUUCAGUUGCUAUGUACGUGUUUUGGAAAUUCGUAGAGGUCGUUUUUUUUUCGUAUUGCAAGAAAAUGGUAGUACCUUAUGGAAAUAUAGCUUUAUAUGCGCUCUCGACAGGCUACAUUGCCUGGAAUGCAACUAUUGAACCGCAAACACUCCGAGAAGGAUAUUGGAAAUUUCUUGUUGGACUUACGGGUAGUAGGAUAAAUUUAUUAAAUAGGCAGUUGUUGGAUGAAUUUGGAUACAAUUCGUCGAGGAAAUUUCCAAAUUUUGUGCCCAGGCUAGAUGCAAGAUUUACAUCACUUUCUAAUAUGUAA